AUGUCCAACUAUCAGCUGCAUGCAAACGAAACUACCAUCUCAAUCCCGCGCAUAAUCACGGUCGAUAGUGUGAAUUACUACGAAAUAUUGGUGAAAUGUGGCCAGGUAAUGUGGACGGUGAACCAUCGGUUUCGUGACUUUGCCGAGCUGCACGAUCGUCUCGUAUCGGAACGGGGCGUCUCGAAGGAUAAGCUACCACCGAAGAAGGUGCUCGGUAACAAGAGCCCGACGUUUCUGAAGAAGCGCCAGGAAGCGCUCGAGCAUUAUCUGAAGGAGAUGCUGAUCUUUCUGAAGGUUACAAUGCCACGGGAGUUUGUCGAGUUUCUCGAUUUCCAUCGGUACGACAUUAUCUUUCUGGUGCAGCAUCUUGCCAGCUCGCUGUUUCUGCGCGGUGACGCAUUCUUGGCCAAGUCGAAAAAGUACGGCUUCUCUGUGCUGGAACUGCACGCAAUUAGCGAACGGUUGAAGAUACCCUGUCCACCGACGGAGGCCGCCUGCAGCAAUUAUAAUUUUUCCCACAUACUGGACUUUUGUGCGCAGCUGGAGACAAUCAUAGUGCUGCCGACGAAGAACAGCCUGCCGACGAUCCUGUACGAUGACGAUACGGACAAGUACAUUCCGCACGCGCUACACAAACCGAUCGGCAGCAGCAAUCUCAUCCCGGUGCAGCUACGGUACGAGCUGAGCGUGUUCAAAGUGUUGCGUAAUCUCAUCAUUUAUGGCGUGCCGACGGAAAACAUUCAAAAUGUAGGUGCCUUGCGUGAAACGCUCUCAAGGAUAGAGGUGUACAAAAGCGAAGCGAAACAAAUCUGCCAAAUUGCGCUGUGUGAUAAUGUCCAUAAGGAUGCGGCGGAAGACGAGCUAGACAAAUCGAAGCAAUGGAAACAUCUUCGACAUGCGGUCUUUAAAGAAAACCAACUGACGGCAAUCGAUCGUACGAUAAGGCUUUUUCCCAGCCUGAAAGAUCUGGUACUGGACAAGAACAAGCUGGAAAGCAUUGCCCACCUUAGCCAUCUGAACAACCUGCAGAUACUCAGCCUGCGCUGCAACCGGAUAGCGCAGUGUCCAAACUGGCACGUACAGCUGGGCAAUUUGGUCACGCUGAAUCUGUCCCAAAACCGCAUCCGUUUGCUGGAAGGACUCGGCAAACUUUACUCGCUCGUGAAUCUGGAUUUGAGUUGCAAUUUAAUCGAUGAUAUAAACGAAAUUGACUACAUCGGUAAUUUACCAUUGCUGGAGAAUUUGCGCCUGAUGGGAAAUCCUGUUGCCGGUGGUGUUGAUUAUCGUGCCCGUGUGCUUUCGCGCUUCGGUGAUCGGUUGCAGGAAAUCUAUCUGGACAAUGAGAAGGGCAAUCAGACCGAAUACGAUAUGGCGCUCGUUCAUUCGGCGUUGCGUAUAUCGGCACAGAAAUCGCACCGUAAGCUGCACAGUCUACUUGAUCCAAGCAGCACGUCGGAGGGUGGCGAGAGAGAUGCGAACGACGCUGAACAGGCAGGAACGAGCGGUGGAGAAAGCAGAUGA